AUGCAGGGGCUGUUAUUCAGAAAUAAUUUUACUUCGCCCACUCAUGUCUUAAAAAAUGCUAAGUAUUUUGAUUAUUCCCGUUUUUCAGAAAAAAUUAUACGGGACUAUCCUGUGAUACAUGGUAUUUCUAUGCAGACAGGUUCUGCAUUUCUCGGAACAGAAGAUCACGAUAUUGCAUAUAUGGAACUUCAUUUGAGGGAUUUUAAAUCCCUUGGACUUUUUUUCUCUCCGCAAAUUUUUGAAUCACGAUUCGAAUCAUACUAUCAAAAUGAAGAUUAUUCAAGCCUUUCUCGCAACUUGAAUCCGGGAGUGGAAUGCUCCUAG